AUGUGGGUGGCCCUGGGCAUGGUCUGGCUCCUAGCACUUGGGGGACUUCACCAGGCCUGGAGCUUCUGUCCCUCUCAAUGCAGCUGCAGCCUGCACAUCUUGAGUGACGGCAGCAAGGCCAGGACAGUGGUGUGCAGCGACCCUGACUUGACCCUGCCCCCAGCUUCAAUUCCUCCGGACACCUGCAGGCUGCGCCUGGAACGAACCUCCAUCCACAGGGUGCCUGGAGAGGCCUUCAGGUCUCUCAGCCGCCUGGAGCAGCUAUGGCUGCCUUACAACGCUCUCAGCGAGCUCAGCGCCUUCAUGCUCAGGGGGCUGCACCGCCUAAGGGAGCUGCGUCUGCCUGGGAACCGCCUGGCUGCUUUUCCCUGGGCGGCGCUCAGGGAUGCUCCACAACUGCAGCUGCUGGACCUGCAGGCCAAUCGCCUGUUGACAUUGCCACCUGAGGCUGCGCACUUCCUGGAGAACCUUACUUUCCUGGACCUCUCCAACAACCACCUGAUGAGGCUUCCUCUGGAGCUGCUGGACACCUGGGCUCACCUGAAGACCGGACCCUUCCUUUCCGGCCACCGUGCCCGACUAGUCCUAGGGCUACAGGACAACCCCUGGGUAUGUGACUGUCGACUCUAUGGCCUAGUUCAUCUGCUAGAAGGCUGGACUUUAAACUUGGUCUUCAUCGAGCCUAGACUGAGGUGCGCCAGCCCACGCACCCUGGCUGGGGUGGCCUUCAGCCAGCUGGAGCUGAGAAAGUGUCAGAGCCCAGAGCUCCGUCCAGGAGUGACCAGCAUCAUGUCCCCCUUGGGUAGCACAGUAUUGCUACGCUGUGGAGCAACGGGGAUCCCAGGUCCUGAGAUGAGCUGGAGGAGAGCCAAUGGACGCCCACUCAAUGGCACAGUGCACCAGGAAGUUUCCAGUGAUGGCUCAAGCUGGACUUUGCUGGAUCUGCCUGUUGUGUCUCUCUUCGACUCUGGAGACUACAUCUGCCAGGCCAAGAACUUUCUAGGGGCUUCUGAAACUCUUAUCUCCUUGAUUGUCACUGAACCCCAGACUUCUACAGAAUAUAGUGGGGUUCCGGGGGCCCUGUGGCCAAGGACAGGAGAGGGGGCAGAAGCUGCUGCUUACAACAACAAGCUGGUGGCCAGGCAUGUCCCCCAUAUUCCGGAACCCGUAGCUCUGGCUACCAAGCCCUCUGUGCCCAGCGUAAAGGAAGAGUUGGAGCUCCAGCACUUUCAGAUGGAUGUCCCAGGAGAGUUCUCCAGAGAUCGAGCAGAACACCAGGGGGCCCAGAUGGUCAGGUCUCUCAAGGUGGUGGGAGAUACUUACCACAGUGUGUUGCUGGUGUGGAAGGCCCCUCAAGCUGGGAACACGACGGCCUUUAGUGUCCUUUAUGCGGUCUUUGGGCAGCGUGACAUGCGAAGGAUGACUGUGGAGCCUGGGAAGACUAGUGUCACCAUCGAGGGGCUUGCUCCAAAGACCAAGUAUGUGGCAUGUGUCUGUGUGCGGGGCCUGGUGCCUACAAAGGAGCAGUGUGUCAUCUUCUCUACUGACGAGGUGGUAGAUGCGGAGGGCACCCAGCGGCUCAUCAACAUGGUGGUGAUCAGCGUGGCAGCCAUCAUCGCCCUGCCUCCCACCCUCCUGGUUUGCUGCGGGGCUCUCCGAAGACGCUGCCACAAGUGCCGCACUGGAGGCUCCGCGGAGGCAUCAGGUGCCUAUGUUAAUUUGGAAAGACUGGGCCACAGCGAGGAUGGCUCAGAGGAGUUGUCCCGGAGCAGCCUCAGUGAGGCGGACAGGCUUCUCUCAGCGCGCUCCAGCCUGGACUCGCAGCUCUUGGGAGUCAGGGGUGGCAGACGCAUCAAUGAGUACUUCUGCUGAGCCCGAGUCUCCAUUGGCACCUGCCUGGUCACUCUCCCUCUUCAGUCUCACACAUUUUCACACCCUGACUGUGUGCUCAGCCACCCUUAUGGUUUGGGGAAUUACAUGUACAUUUUCUUCAACGACAGCUAACACAGCUUAUUAAGCCCUUACUAUGGUCCAGCAGGUGUCCAAAGCACUUCAUAGGUAUUAACUUACUUGACUCUCAUAACAGCCAUUAGUAUCUGCAGGCACCAUUGUUCUCUCUAAUUUCCUGGAGAAGAAGCAAGUGUCAAGUAUUUUGCUUGUAUCAGUCAGUUUCUGCUACAUAACAAAUAAAAGCAAAAACUCUGGUUUGCAGUGCUAAGAUACUUACUUUUCCACUAUGUGUCUGUAGGUUGGCAUGAUUCUGCUGUGUGUUCCAUUGGGCUCCAAGGUGGAGAGUAACAGUGGCUACCUAGGGCAGACUUUUCUCGGAUGACGUUAAGAGGAAUGAGUUAAAUCAUGCAAUGCCUCUUUGUGUGAGGUUGGUACCUUGCUGCUUGUGCUCAUAUUAUAUCUGCCAAUGAGAGUCUCAUGGCCAAAUGCAACUUUAACCAGUCAAACGAAGUUACUAAUCCUCUGAAAGUGACGAUGGAAGACAGAACAUCUGCAAAAUGAAUUUACUGCAUGGUCCACUGUACCACUGCCACUGGGGAGUGGCAGCUCUAGCUUUGGACCGGGCAGUUAGACAGUUGGUUGCACAGGGAA